UUGGCCCCCCGCGCCCGCGCGCGGCCCGCCGGGAAAAGCGACCCGGAAGCGGGGCGGGGGCCGUCCCCAUGGUAACGGGGCGGCCGCGCUGGGCGCCGCCAUGUCCUUCAAGCGGGACGGCGACGAGCCCGGGCAGCUGGCGGCGCUGCAGAAACGGCGCGUGGCGGACCUGCUGGCCAACUACAUCCCCGAGGAUGAGGCGCUGCUGCUGCGGAGCGGGAGGUACGCCUGCACGGUGUGUGCCCACCGGCCCGUCUUCGACACGCUGGAGGUGCUGGCAGUGCACCGGGCUGGCAGGAAGCACCUGGGCAGCCUGCAGCGCUGCUACGGCAGCGAGCGCUGGCGGGAGGACGCUGCGCAGGAGCAGCGGCACGAGGAGCUGGUGCGGGUGGAGGUGGCGGGUGCGCAGGGCUCCCCAGCCCCUUUGCUGGCCCGGACAAGGAGGAUUGCCCAGAGCGCCCUGCUGAAGGCUGCUCCCUACAGCAGCUGCUGCCGGAGGACAGGGGCAGCUGGAAGCGGCGCACGAGGGGUGAGGACCCAGCCGGGGCCGAGCACUGCCCAGGCUCCCUCGCAGGAGGACAGGGGCGCCGUGGAGGCCACCCCUGCGGCCCUGCUGCCAGGGCACUGCAGCAGGCAAGCAGGUGCGCUGAAGGCAGCUUCCACCCACGCCGGCCAAGGCAGAAAAGGAAAAGCAGCAUCGUCAUCACCUCCGAGUGAGCCCGAAGCCCUCAGCCCUGCGAGGCGCCAGGCGCUGGAGCGGUACCUGCAGCUGCGGAGCGCCGGCUGGAUCCAGGAUCGCUCUGGCAAGUGGGUGAAGGAUGAGAACGCCGAAUUUGACUCCGAUGAGGAUGAGCCGCCUGCACUGCUGCCAGCCUGAGGUCCCUGACCCCCAGGGCUGCCCCCGACCCCGCUGCGUGCCACAAGAACAGAGGCAGCUGGAGACGAAGGAGGCGUUCCAACCAUUGGGGCAGGUCCCGGGAAACAUGGUGUGGCACUGGGGGUCCCCUUGCUCUUUGUUCCCAGGGUGCGCCUUUUUUGGGUGUCCCUAUCCCGGCCAGAGCACUGUGAUCUCAGCUUGGAUUUUGGCCCGUCGCUGCCCGUCUCUUCCUGUCCCUGGCCCAAGUCACGCUCGCUUUCCUGCCCAGGCACAGGUGCCUGUGGGUCGUGGCCUUUUGGGGUGGUGGCACUGGGCUUCCCCCUCCUCGUGGCCCCGCAGCUGUCCUGGCGCUUGGCAAAACACCCGGCCCCGCCAGCUCCACCCUCGCCUCUGUUUCCCACCUCCCUUCUGCCCGGGGGGCCCACGGGAGCCCCCACCUCAGGGCACCCCCCUGCGCCCUGCCAGCUCCUGGCACCCCAAGCUGCCCUCAGCGCCCUGGGGAGAGCUCCCAAUGGGAGCACCCACCGACGGCUCGCUUGGGCCCCGGGGCCGGAUCCUGUCCCUGGGGAGGGCUCCUUGGCAGCGCUGCCUGGGGUGACGUUACACCUGGGCACCGGGAUUUACCCGCUCGCUCAGCUCAGACCUAUAAAUAGCCAUCGGGACGGGUGCCAGGACCCUGGCGAGUGACAGCCCAAGCCGGGUGCGGGUCUGGGGGCUCUUCCCGGAGACCUGCAGCCCCCAUCCACCCCGUGGGCACCCGGUGCUGGCCCCUAUGGGCCCCAGGUGCCCAGUUCCAUUCCACAAAGGCACCCAGCUCCCUGCUGAGGGGUGCCCCGCUCCCCCCCCGGCACAGGGCCUGGCCCCGUAACCCAACCCCCGGGGUAUAAAUACCCCGACCCUGCUGCCCGUUGCUCCACGAGGGGAUGCAGGCAUCCAGCUUGCCCCGUAACUGGAUUAAUGGCGUGAGGCUAACGGGGGCCUCUGGGUCUCGAGCCCUGAAAAAGGGAUCCUCCAGCAGUGUUACCCUCCCUCAGCCAAUCCCUCCGGAUCCCCCCCCAUGCACUAAUCCUGCCCUCGUCCUUGUGGCCCUGUCCCAAGAGCAGCCUCCGACCCCGUGUCUCCGUAACCUUUAUUUACAGCUGACCCAGCCCUGGGGAGCCCAAAGCGCGGCUCGGGGGCGAGCUGAGCUCCGGGGUCUGCAGGGCUGUGGUGGGAAGCGUUCAGGUUUUCUUCUGCUUGCGACCUGGGGACGGGAAGAAGAAGCAGGUCAGGGCCAGGGCCAGGGCUGUGCGCCCCCCCCAAAAGCCAUUCUUCCCCCUCCCAGCCCCAUUCCUGCCCGGGGCAGCACCGGGGCACUCACGGAGCUCGUUGUUGCGGGUGAUGGCGAUGGCGGCGCGGGCACGGGGGCCCUGCUGUGUGAAGUGGUACCCGAAGCGCACCACGGAGGGGCACUGCUCCAGCAUCGUCGCCAUCUCCAUCUCCACUGUGUCGCCCAGCCGCUGGCACUGCAGGGCAGGGGCACAGCGUGCCAAACUGGGCACGCUGGGCAAACUGGGCACGCGCCCCAGGCCGCCCGUGGGUGCCCGUCCCUACCUGGUUGUCCACCUUGAGCUCGCUCAGGGUGUUGUUUUGGUACACGGCCUUGAUGAUGCUCAUCAUGCCGGCGCUGGUGAUGAAGUUGGAC